ACCCUAAACCUAAGAAACCUGCUAGAGAGAGAGAUGGUGAGCAAGAGGCAGGUAUUAGCUCGUAGAGCUUACAAACAACAACACCCUGAACUAUUCCCAAAGCCGGAGCCGCCGGUUGGUCCGACCAAGAAGCAGAUUAAAAAGGAAAAGAGGAAAUCCAAGGAAAAGAGUAAAUCCAAGCGUCGCGAUUUAGAUGCCAAAUCAAAGCCGAAUAGAGGCCCACGCGUUCUCAGGGUUCCUGGAAUGAAACCUGGCGAGUCUUGCUUCAUCUGUAAAGCUUUUGACCAUAUUGCCAAACUCUGCCCUAGAAAAGAAGAAUGGGAAAAGCACAAGAUUUGCUUGCUUUGCCGGAGACAUGGUCACAGUUUGAAAAACUGUCCCAACAAAACCAAUGAGACUAAUGUUGGGAAAUUGUGUUAUAACUGUGGAGAAACUGGGCAUUCUCUUGAUAUAUGUCCCUUGCCGCGUCAAGAUGGUGGCGUGACAUUUGCGAGUUGCUUUAUAUGUAAAGAACAGGGACACUUGAGUAAGGAUUGCCCCAAAAAUACUCACGGAAUCUAUCCCAAGGGUGGUUCUUGUAAAAUAUGUGGAGGUGUUACACAUUUAGCCAGAGAUUGUCCUGAUAUAGGACUUAGAAACAUGGCUGCUGGAUAUGGAAGAGCAUACCCAGAUGGAGAAAUGCGUCGGCCCAAGGUUACUAAGUUUGCAAGUGGUGAUGAUCUUGAAGACGACUUUACACCUGCUGGAAAAGGAAAGGUUGACGAAUCAAUGGGUGGAGAAGAUGACAAUAUCCAUAUUAAAGAAAAGAAGGAAAAGGGACCCAAAAUAGUGAACUUUGUUUGAUGAAUAAACUCUGUUUUAGGAGAUGUCAUUUUUUGUAACUUUUAUUUUUGUCUUGUAGACCCUCUUUACUCAUUAUUUAUUUUAUAAUAUGAACAGUUUUGAGAGAUUUGAACAAAAUUUUAAGAUUUCAAAGUUUUGAAUUAACCAUGAAGUUUUACUAGUGUGUA